AUGCCUGCUCCGGUGGCUGCUUCUCACGGCAGGAACAAGCCAUCUCAUACACCUCCUCCAAAUUGGCCCGUCACCGUCCCAUAUCUUCCCCAUCCAAUACCGCAUGCGAGUUUGUCGUCACAACUCGUCGGGCGGUAUUGUACACCAGCACCACUUCCCGUGACACACCAGGGCCCGAUCACCAAGAUAACAAAGAUAACCGAUCCGGCACAUCCGGCCUUCGGUCAGUACGGACUCUUUGCUGCCAAGAAGAUUCCGCCGAAGACGUGGAUACUGGACUAUACGGGUGUUGUACAUGAUCAGUCUGGAACAGAUCUCACCUCGAACUAUGAUCUCUGUCUGGAGCUCCUUCCGAGAGCACCGGGCCUGAUCGGAGCUUGUCAGCUGGCAUCUAAACGUGGGCAGGGUGAGGCACCGGAUGAGUCUGACACACCUGCCUAUUGGGAUAUUGCUGUAGACGCAGCCAAGUCGGGCAAUGCGGCAAGAUUCAUCAACGACUUCCGAGGCGUCCCUUCGAAGGUGAAGCCAAAUGUGGAAUUCCAGUCGAGAAAGAUCGACGUGUCGACGACAAAAGGCAGGAUAGAGGUCGUUAGAAUUGGUGUUUGGUCUGGCAAGGAUGGGGUUGCAAAGGGAGAAGAGUUGUUGCUCAGCUAUGGAAGGGCCUUUUGGCGAGCAAGACGAAAGGAGGAGGAAGAGGCUAGUCAAGAGGAAUCAUGA